AUGUGUGGUCAGCUAGGCAAAUUAUAUGUUGUUCAAUGUCCACAGCAUGAGAUAUUCCAUGAUGGCUGUGGUGAAUGCGGUGAUGCAAGAAAUACAGCAUACUGUAGCAAAAUUGGCAGUGGAAGUGGUGGUUGUGGCAACAUGGGCAGUGGAAGUGGUGGUAGUGGCAACCUGGACAGUGGAAGUAUAACCAUUGAGGGAAUUGUAGGUGAAAGUGGUAUAGGCACUAGCGGCGGCAGCAUCAUUAAUGGUAUAAAUAGUGGUAUUGGAGGUCGCAGCGGUAUGAGCAAUAACGAUGGAAGCGUUUUAAGUGGUAUAAUAAGUAGCAGUGGAGGUGGCAGCGGUAUGGGUAACAGCGGUGGCAGCAUCAUGAAUG